AUGUCCGAUACGUCGCCUGAGUUGAGCAAUGUCCGCGCCGUGCUGUUCGAUAUGGACGGCCUGCUUAUUGAUAGCGAGAGGAUUUACACCGACGUGGUGAACCAAAUUUUGAAGCCGUACGGCAAAGAACAGACGUGGGAAAUCAAGUCGAAGCUCAUGGGAAAACCCGAGCGCCCAGCGACGUUGGUGCUGCUUAGCGAAGUAUGGCCGCCACGUCCUGGGAACAAGGAGGACGAGGCGCGCGGCUACAGCGGCGAAUGUCCAUUUACUUUGGACGAUUUCCUAGCGGAACGCAAUGCAAAAUUGCUCCCAGCAUUUGAAAAGGUGCCGCCAAUGCCUGGUGCACUGCGUCUUGUGCAGCACCUUGCACACCACAAUAUCCCUAUAUGUGUUGCUACUGGGAGCAAGCGGCACAAUUUCAAUAUAAAGGCGCGCGCAAACGCCGACAUUUUUGCGCCCUUUGGCGAGCGUGUCGUGUGUGGGGAUGACGCAGACCUGCAACGUGGAAAGCCCAGUCCCGAUGUGUUUCUUCUUGCAGCGCACCGCGGUCUCGGUAUUCAAGACACGCCGGCAGGGAAGGAAUGGCUCCGAACGAUACGCUUGCCCGGUGAGGAACACGACGGCAAGUUUCUCGGUGGCGAAGGGCAGGUGCUUGUCUUCGAGGACGCACUGCCGGGCGUGCAGGCAGGCCUUUCUGCGGGAAUGAAAGUGGUAUGGGUGCCAGAUCCAAACGUGUGUAUUUAUGGGUAUAUUAACGCGCAGCUAUGCCAAAUCACAAAGGAAGGGCCGCCUGUUGGUGCAGACCAAGAGCUACGGUCCUUGGAAGACUUCCAGCCUGAGCAAUGGGGCUUGCCCCCUUUUGAGAGGUAG